CAUACGUUGUUAUACUUAUACUUAUGUACACACAAGCAGUGUUUAUGACUUCAUGUUAUGUACAUACUAAUUCAAAGAGACGUGGUGCGCUAUAACGGAACUUUAAUUUGGAGUUCACUCAACUGUUUACAGAGAGUUGACGAAUGUAAUAACUUGGUUGGUAUGUACCUAUUAUACAUACAAACUAACAACAAAAAGAUUGUACAUUUUUUGUUGUACAUACAAUUCCAGUGAGUUUACAACAGCAUUAACAAAAAUUACCGAAAGCAAAAUCAGUUUAGACAAAUGUUUUUGAAUACAAAUUAUACACAUACACAAUUACACAUACAUUUGACGCUGCAAAUUUCGUUAUAAUUACCACCAGCUCUAAUCAUAAAAAACAAUAAUAAUAUUCACAAUAUUUUGUAUCUUAGCAAAAGCAAUUAAUAUCUCUAUGCACAUACAUAGGAAUUUGCAUUCGCACAAACACGAAAAUACAACAAAAAAACAAAGCACGCAGCACUAUUCGAGAGAAGAAGUACAUAAGCAACUGCAACUUUUUCUUAACGCGGCUCAAGCGAGUUUUCUGUUUACCGCUUCUAUCACCUGGCUGCAGUUACGGUUAACGCGAUCACUUGUUUUACAAAGUUGUUGACGCAUUGAGUGGCAAACAAAAACUGCUGGAAGUUUAGCUCAUUGAUAGCGAUUUGACCAACAUCUAUUGUUGUCUAUUGUGAGUACGCUUAGUUAACUUGGCUUGCAGAAUUGGAGCCGAGCUUGCCAUGUUUCUUUUAGCAAUACGCGCAUCAAAAUUGCGUACAACUAUAUAUUUAUCACUGUUACUAAAUGCAACACUGUGAACCCAGUGGGGUCAUGUCAAAAACUGAAGUGAAAAACUGCAAAGAAAUACACAGAUAAAUAAAUACAUAAAUAAGUAUUUUCACUGAUGCUGCUGUUUUGUACUAUCGGGGAGGAGUAUCAACCAGCGCCAAUAAUAACCACUAACAGCAACAAUAUCAGUUUUAGAAGCAAAUUAAUAAUAUCAAUAGUGACUUUUCUCAACCUCUGCUCUGUCACCCACAAGUUAUGGAAAUCGAAUCGUGUGUAAAAUAAAAAGCAAACGAAACUGGUGAGAAGACGUUGAGACAGAUUGUCUGCUAUACGCGACCCUUGUCGCCUAUUGGCAACGGCUUACCACGGCUGGAUGUCUUCAAGACUUGACUGUUUUGUUACCAGGGUUUCAGAAGAAUACCUAAUGAGUCAGCCCAGCUAAGUGAUCUUGCUAGAUUAGUAAAUAGUUUAUCAACGCAUAUGUACUUUAAAAAAACAACCAUCAAAAAUUAGAAACUGCCUUGUCGCCCAUCUUUACUGCCACUGAUACACAAAUCGAAUAUUUAACUAUUAUAAAACUGUUAAAUGAUUUGUUUGCAUACACUAGCGCUUUUAAUAACAACGACGUUCGUUUCGGUAGGCCGUCGCAAUUUGUCGGGCAGUCAACAAGCAAGCAAUUAGUAAAUUAUUUACCAUAUAUUUUACAAUUAACUAUCAUAAUACUGCGAUGGGUAAUUGCCUGCAAUGCUUCCAGACAUCGUCCGAUAAUUCGGGUUCACCGAGCUUGGCCACAGCGCCCACCUGCCAGAAACCGCAUAUAGAAGAAACGGAUGAAUUGCUGUCGCCCAGAAGUCCACUCAAGAACGCAAACAAUUGUGAUACUAAGCGAAGUAGUUUUAAGAAAUCUUUGGUUCUACUUAAUGGAAAUGCCACCACCAUGAGUGAAAUAAUAACAACAGCCGUAAAGGAAACGCUUGAAGUGUCGGAUAAUACGCUUAACCAGCUUUUCGAAGAAUAUAAAGAUCCCGAAGAGGAUAUGAUACUCACUGAGGGUAUUGAACGUCUUUGUCACGACCUAAAAUACCAGCCUGAUGAAUUCGCAAUACUGGUGUUGGCCUGGUGUUUGGAUGCCUCACAAAUGUGUCGAUUUACAAAGUCGGAAUUCAUUGAAGGUUUACACAAAAUGUGCGCAGAUACUAUCGAAGCAGUACGAAUAAGACUGGAGCAAACGAUCGAAAUGCUCAAAGUGGAUACAGAAAUGUUCAAACAACUCUAUCGUUUCACAUUUCGUUUUGGUCUAGAGCCUGAUCAGCGCAUUCUCUCGUUGGAUAUGGCCAUCAGUCUAUGGAAAUUGGUAUUCACGGUGCAUACGCCAGAACUGCUUGGUAACUGGAUACAUUUCCUCGAGCAGCAUCCCAGCAUACGUGGUAUUCCAAAAGACACAUGGAAUAUGUUCUUAAAUUUCUCCGAACAAUGUGAUAUCAACAAUUAUGACGAUACAGAAGCAUGGCCGAGCUUAUUUGAUGAUUUUGUCGAUUACGAACGUUCAAGGCUGACAACGCUCACUGAAAUUAUCGAAAGUGAAGGUGCAGCUGAUGGCAGUUAUUGUGCGACUAAGGGAGUUGUCGGUGAAUCUGCAGAGGACACACAGAUAGAGGCAUGUGUCGCAGCUGGUUACGUUGACGAUGACAACAACAAUGAUGAUUUUAGUCGUCAGGCUCACCAAUCACAAUUAGGGAAGGCGGAAACGGAAACAACGGGUGUUCGCAGCGCUAAUGAUGAUAUCUUAUAGUAUUAAACACUUGUUCGAAGAACGAUAUGUCGCGAGGUUUUUUAAAAGUUUUAGUUUUAUUGUUAUUAUUUUAUUUUAUUAACUAAACAAAAUUCUACAAAAACUCAAAAGGCUAGAAAAAAGGAAAUAAUUAGCCGCAAAGCAUUUCGAAGACGAUAUUUGCAUUUGCGUUUGUGUUGCGAAACGCACUGCUCAUUCGAAGAUCUCCUUUUUACAAUUAAUAUUAUUAGUAUAAUAUAAUAAAUAAAUUACUUAUUUGCUUUGUGCUAAUUAAAUGUAAUGUUCAUUCACAUUAGACUUGAAUCGGAACGAAUAACGCUUUUCCAGUGAGCAACAUGGUGCGUUAGUUUAAGAAUUUUAAUUUUAAAUCGUUUUGUUGCCUAAUCAAGUACAUAAAUAUGUGUAUAUUAAUUUUACUUGAUUUUCAAACGCCUCUUGAUUAAGUGUGGCACAUUCCCAAUUGAUGCGAAUAUUAAAUUUAUUAUUCAGCUUAGGGUUAAGUGGGAGAUACAUAUGUAUAUGUAUAUGCAUGUAUGUAUAUACAAAGGUAAUUUGUAACGUAGCAGUAGUAAUAAAGAUUACGUGCCUCACGAACGAUAUUACCUGGUGUCCUUCCGUUCAACCUUUAUUGAAUUGCAUAACCGUAUGUGUAUUAGCAUAAUGUUGCCAAAAUAAUAAUUAUUUAUACCUAAAAUUAUACAUACAUACAUUAUUUGAAAUGCACGCUGUAUAUUUGUUUGAUGAAACUGUAACAUUAAAUUAUUAGUUGCACGCAUACAUUUGUUUCCCCAUUAACAUGAUUCUAUGCACCACAUAUACAUACAUACAUAAAUACCUAGUUCGAUAAUUAUGAUAAGACAAUACAUUGAUAUAUCGCAUCCUUAUUUAUGAAUAAAAAUGCGUAAAUAAUAUUUUUAUGGUCAAUUUACUGUCGCUUUCUGAUCAUACAGUUUUAGGCUGAAUAAAUCCAAUUGAGUUUCAGAAUUAUAGUUUUUUUUAUAAAAAAAAAAUACCGCAUUCAUUGAAGCCUUUCGUUUAACGAAAUACAUAUGUAUGUAUUUGCUGGAGUUAAUAUUUUUAUAAUAUAGUUGUGGUUUUUUUUCUUUAAUUUAAUUUAUUUUUUUUAAUAUUUUUAUUUUUAAUUCAAAAUUGAGAAGACGCUUCGAUAACUACUGUUAAAGAAAAAUCGUCACAGUUGUACAUAUGUAUGUAUGAAAAUAUGUACAUAUAUUUAUUUCUACGUAAAAAGAAAUCAUUGUAAAAUAUUUAAGUAAUAGUUAAAACUUAAAUAACGGCGGAAAAUUGUGAUGUAUUUGCAAAUACCUACAUAUGUAUAUAUUAUUAUAUUUACAUACGUACAUACAUAUGCCUUAAGGUGUCCGUUAUUUCCCAUGUUGAUUGGUUUUGUGCAUACGCCCCCUAAAAGUUCAAGCUUAGCUUUAAAAAUAAGGAUCCAACGUAAACAGGCUCUUCAUUUUUAACUUAAACCGUGCCUAAUCAAUAUUUUCCCAUGUACAUAUGUACAUAUAUAACAUGAAAUGUGUUGAUAUUUUGCAUAAAUCAGGUAAAUCUACAACUUUCAAAAAGUAAUAUUCCAAUACAAAAUUUGUCGCUCAUGAAAUGAUAUAGCAUUCGCACAAGUGAUUUAUACAUUAUGUGUUGCUCAUACGACAUGGCGUACCACAUGAAUACAGUACCUUUGAUGCAUAACUUUUAAAGGAAUGUUUUUAUGCAAAAAAAAAACGGUUGUUUAGGUUGGAUUCUUUUUUAAGACAAAAACUGAAAUUUGAAAUGUCGCACACUCUAAUAUAUGUAUGUACACAUAAGUAUUUACGCGCUGACUUUGACUCAAACAUAUAUUAUUUAUAUUACUGCAAUAAAAUGUUAAAAUAAAAUAUAACCUUUUACAUCUUCAAAUAUUUCCGUUGUUCUCUCUUUAACGCAAAAUAAUUCAACUAAGCUCGAUGUAUAGAUUUUAUAAAAUUUGUAAAAAUGAAGUAUUUGUUCAAAAAGUAAACUCGAUAUAGCUUGAUGUUCUUUGUUGUACAUACAUAUGUAUAUCCAUAUAUUAGUUUUUAUAAAUAAUUAUAUAUAUUUUGUACAUAAGCUUAACCAUUGAAGAAUACUUAGUGCUCAUAAAAUAGAUACAUACAUAUGUAUGUAUAUGUACAAGUAAUACAACAAUAUGUCAGCUAUCAACGAUUUUGUUCACAUAUUUAGCUUAUUUUAAUACCACAUGCUUAUUUAUGUACAUACCUAUAUGUGGUAAAUGUGUUUGUAUGUGUGUAGAUAUGACCACACUUUUUGCUUUACAUCAAACAAUUAUGAACUAAUGACUUAAAUAUUUAAAAAUAAAUCCAAAUUGUAGGUAAAUGUUAACAUAUUUUGAGAAGCAUUUCAUGUGAAUAACUAUUAAUUAUAUUAUUUUCUAAUAUUUUAGAAAUGUUUAACUAAAAAAUGAAAAUUAUCAAAAAUUAAUUACGAUUGUGUAUGUAGUCCAUUUGAAUUUAUUAAUUUAGAUAAAUUACAGUAUAUGUAGAUACUUCCAAAAGUAAAAACAACAAAUGCAACUCGAAAUAAUUUAUAUACCAAUAAGAAAAUGUGAACGAAAUGAUGCAACAUAACAAUAAAGUAUAUAUCAUACUUAUACAUACAUGAUCGCAGAUGUAUGGACGAUAUAAA